AUGAUUGUCCCUUUUGCAUGGUCAGAUUAUCGAGCACGCUUGCCUGCGCUUACCAAACCAGAAGACCCUCAUGUUUCAUGCAACUUCUCGGCUUAUUCAAUUGCUCCUAACUCGACUGGACUGGAUGCAGAUCAGGACGAUGCGAUGGAGCUCACCAUUCUUGUCAACGCAAUUGCACACGAAUGCUAA